GCGCCUCCCUGACGCUCCACAGCCCCGUGGAGCUGUUGUUCUCAGAGAGCAGCAGGACAAGCAGACGGAGUGUUGGAUUAGGGCGACAAAAGAGAAAGUGCGAGUCUCUUUAUUUAACAAAAGUCUUCUUUGUGUCUUCUUUUUUGGGGAACCCUUCUGCUUUCGCGUUAUCUGUGUGAGGUUUUACGCGGAGGCGCACAGACCGGUAUGGAUUUACCACUGACGAGACGAAACACGCCGUGUAGCUCUGAGUCUGCACCAAAGUUUUGAUUGUCACCGUUGCCUCCCGACCCCGGAUCAGAGGAGAAACGCCGGAGUUUGACGCAGCGUUUGUGGAAAGCUGGUGACCACAUGUGAACCAACGUGUGCCGGAGCGUCUUUUGGCUACUCUCCACUUUAUUUCUCAUGGGGUAAGUUCUCUCAGAACAUUGUAUGUGUAUGUGUGUGUGUGACAGUUUGCAUGUGCAGCAGCAACUCAACAAAGGGAUCUUAUGUUUAAGUAUAACCACUAUGCAACUCGCCUAAACAUAAACUGGAGGAGAAAAUCUUCACUCCUUCAACAUUAAAUCAAGGAAUAAAAGCGUAAACCCAAACUAAAGCUCCCCUUUAACCCCCUAAAUUUUGAAAUGCUCCUUUAGCUCCUAACUCAACAUGACAGCAACAAACCCACAUUAAGCAACACGCCACUUCUGCACUUUUACUUGCCACUAACACUUAUGCAACACACACACAUGCACCCAGUGUAUAUUUGGAUUUCGUGUGGCAGCUGCGUUUGUUCAACACACACUGUGUGUUUUAAUGAAUAACACUGCGUGGCGUUAAAUAUUAACACACGGGGCUACAGCUGUCGAUCAUGCAGCAGGGGUCAGUGCACUUUGCUGCAUCAUAUGUUGUAUGUUGAGCUGUUGUUUGGGGGGGUCAGAGAUGAGCUGCGUGCACCCUGGGCGCGUCCUCGCAGGGGCCUCUACUGUUUGGUUGGAGCCGUUGCACAGCCUGCUGUGCGGCGCCCCCUCCCGCGCUGACCCCUCCGAUGUUGUUGGGGCUUGUUCAUCCGUCACUCUAAAGACGGCAUUGUAUUGAAAGGAUGUAUUAAUAAGACAAAAGCCCCCAUUAUCCCCCCAUGUACCGGAGUUAAUCUGGAGGGAGAAAGCACAGCACUCUAAGAAGUUCUGAGUGCACUUUACACUAUAUUAAUGUCAGCUUUAGAUAGGGCUGGGCGAUAUGGGAAAAAGAUUAUCAUGAUUUCUUUUUCAUAUUAGUCGAUAUCGAUAUAUAUCAUGAUAUAAAAAUGAAAUUUAACAGUGCUUAUUGGUGUUGGCUUCAUUUGUUAAAGUGCUAUGGUUGCAGCCUGUUUCUACGCAGUUGUUUGCUACUUGGUUCUAAUUCAGCACAUGAUUGGUUAAGCACAAAGCGGACCCCCCUUUUCAUUGGCUAUUCGUGUAGUCUACCAAAACAUGGUAGAAUGCUAGUUAUCAAAAAUCAUAUUGACAAUGUUUUAUAUUGAAAUUCAGGGAAAUCGUUUUAUCACCCAGCCCUAGCUUUAAAUAAGCAUUGCAUUAUACUUACACACUUUAACAAAAACAUGCAUUUACAUAGAAAAAAAGUGGGAAAUGUUUGUAAUUCUUUGAUUCUGAGACAAACACAGGAUCUUAGCCAGUGCAGUCAUUUGUGUCUGAGAUUUCCUUAUCACCGAGCCAGACAGGAACAGACUGUUGUUUCCAUGCAUCAGGAAGAGUAAACCUAGCAGAGAGGGAUACAGAGGUGUCAGGAGUCCAGUCAUGCCAAAUCCUGUUGCGGGAGAAUCCUCGAAUCACCGCCAGAUAAGAUGAUAAGGUGGAGGGACUAAUGUUUAUUGCCCAGAUAAAAGCCCUCAUCCAUCACCCUCCAUCCUGUGGUUGGUCUGCUUCGCUCUGCACGGUGCUGCGGCUCAUUAGCAGACUGCCUGAAACUGCAAAGAGAGGCAUUAUCUCAAACUCCAGCCGGGGUAACAGGGUGAGAAACUGAGCUCUCAAAUGCACGCGGAUGCUACAAAGCCUGUUGCAUUAAGGUAAACAUCUUAGAGAGAUAACAUCAGGAGGAAGGGGGUGAAGAGGAAGCUCGCUCAGCAGCGUCAGGAGAGGAUGAUCAAGUGUUGAAGGCCCUGUCAGCAGCUUCAUUGAUGCUGGUGUUAUGCCAGAGAAGCUCGCUUUGUUUGGGGCAUGCACGAGCGCUUAUGGACUCAGGUGCUUCUCCCAGCAUGCCUUGGACUGGCUGGAGACAGGGUCAUGAUGCAGCCGGUUGGCCGUCUGGGUUUGACUAGCGAGCGUGUGCACAUGGCUCAUUGCACCGGAACAACACCCGCCACUCGACCGAGCCUCAUCGCUGCCAGAUUUCCUCACACACUCCGCCAUCCUUGGCCUGGGUGCGAGUAACCCCAGGGUGCUUGUGGUGUGGACCCAGAACACAUCUAGUAUUUGUAUAAAAGUCGAUAAAGAAACUUUAAAGCUUAGGCAGACAGACUCAGUCCAUGACAUCAUGAGUUUAGGAUCUACAUGUCGCUGACCCGGGUCACAGCGCUCCAGUGGCCUUGUUUUCCUCCACAUGAUGACGCCUGUAAUCAGACCCCUCUUGAUGGGGACUGCCAGGGGUAGCGUGAGAAGUGAAGACAAAUGGAUGGGUUGAAUAAAUAAAUAGAUGUAUAAGUGCGUGGAGGGAUAAAUAAAUUAAUGGUAAUUCAGCUGUGGGAACUGGAUUUGCAAAAAAAAAAAAAAAUGGAGCAGGUCACUAAGGGGUUGAAGGCGGAGAUGUGUGGGUGGGUGGGUGGUGUGGAUCCCAGAAGGAUGCUCAGGUUUCAGCUCAGGCCUGAGAGCGGGUUGCUAGAAGGAAGCAGCGAGAAGGCUUUUCCUUUGGGACACUGACUUCUCUUUUGUUGUUUAUACUCACCACUUUAUUCAGGCAGAUCGGAGGGGUAACGACACGGAGAGAUCAGAGGAGCAGUGACUUGCCAGAGGCUACCUGACUGCUACCUGGUUAAAUGAAACCAGUCAGGCGUGUAUACAGAGAGUAAAAAAGGAUAGGAUCACAGGAGACAAUGUAUGUGUUUAUACAUCGCUCUCGGGCUUUUCUCUGUGGUUAAAAGAGUUUCCUUCAGAUGACCAUCUGGGUACAACAGACUCCGAGUUCUAGCUGGUACUCCCCUAUGUCUGAAAAACACUUUUCCUUGGGUGUGGCAGCUGGAGCAAAAUAAACGCCUUCUGUUCGCAAGCUGCCGAAGCGCAAGUCACAACACACAGCUGACAGCAUGUAGCUUUAUGAUUCACAGCCAAGAGCUGGGAGUGUCUGGGAUCAGAGGAAUAAAUAUGGCGUCCUCUUUUUUUAACCCAUUUUUCGACACGUAACUGAGAAUGGGAUGUCACCGAAGACUUUGUUUGCUCUUUGUUGGCAGGGAGAAAGAUGCACGUGCGCUUUUACCCGCUCUAACCGUCUCCCCUUUUUAAAACAAUCUCUCCGGGCUGCAGGAGGAUGCUGUCAGAGCUGUGAUGAUAAUUGUAUAAACAUUUACAUGAGCUGAUAUUUGGUGGAGAAAAGAGCGGGGGUCUGACUUUUUAAGGAAGGUGUUUUUUAGCAAUGAAAGAAUCCAUUAGCUUUAAGGUCUCCUGUUACAUUCCUUUUCCACUUGAGGUGCUUAGACAAACUAGAAGACCCCCCCACCGCCUCCCCCCAUGACCAGGCGCUGAUGCUUGUAACAGCAUGCCAGGAUUUCCUCACGCUUACUGGGGUGGAGAUAAGACUCUUCUCCUUCAUACAUGUUUCAAGCUUGGACCGGCUCCUGUUCCCGAAAUGCUGCCAGUUGGAAAUAAAUGAAGCUGCAAAUGGUUUUUUUUUUUUCAGAAGUGACAUUUUCACUGUGCAACAUUGUCUCUCUCUCUCAGAGACAAUGACAUAAAGAUUGACUUCAAGGUUUCUGGUUUCGCCUGUGGCUUUGAAUCGGGUUAGUGGCACUUUUUUACUUCACCUCAGGUCACAGAGUGUGAUUUAUGAACCACACAGGGGAAUUAGAGCGCUCAUUCUGAUUUCUUGUCAUUCUCUUGGAGCAGGUACACACCAAGAUGCCGUGGUUCUGGCUACUUCCUCCUCUCCUCUCUUCCUCUCUCUCUCUCUCUCUUGGAAGUCUUUGUUAUCCAGUAAGCUUUGUUUGGGCAGCUGGAAAACUCAGCAGGAUUACUCCAACACCCCACCUACAGAUCCAGAAGUAAGCUGGAGACAAUUUUCUUGGAUUUUGAAUCACCCCAUGCAGCCAGUGAGAGCCUGUUGAAUCCAUUCAGCUUGAGUGGAACCAAAAGUUAACUCCAUAUCUCCACCUAAUGAGCUUUAAAGAUUUUCCUAAUGGCUGACAGACUAGAAAAAUAAAGCGGAAUAGCUGUAACGGCCUGUUUAGUUAAAACGAACAAACAACCAAGAUGAUUUAAAAAGCGAAGAACUUGGCUUCAGUCUCUUCAGGCUUAGACACAGGAUGGAAUUAACCUCCAGCCAAACACAAGCCGGGUCAUGACAAAGGCCAGACUACUCUAUUGCAACAGACAGAUUGCAUUAAAAUGGAUUCUGUUUACUCAAAACUAAUGUGAUAACUGCUCCAACAUGUCCAUUUCAAGAUGAGCAUUGUCUCUGUCAAAGUCAAGUAGUCGUUACCCUCUGAGAAACUCUGUGAAAGCAGUCCCCACUCUCUGACCUGUUUGUUAUUUCUGCGAAAUAUCCCUUGGCAAACAACUCUACCAAAAGCUUGCAUAAGACUCAGUGCAGCUGCAUAAAAAAGCCAGGGAGUUUUCUGUGGGGCCUUUUCUUUUUUAAAAAAGUUUUAUUUGUGUUGAGUUGCCAGGAAGUAAAACAGACAUGGUAUCCCUCCAAAAAUCUGUAACGUUAAAUACACUCAGGGCUUUUUCCACGCACUGGGCUUUAAAUGCAAGCUGUAACUCUGCUGGCCCUACAGUUUAAGAUAUGGAGGCAAAUUGAUGUUGGCAUCACCAGAAUUAUUGUCAAGAUAUUAAUUUUCUGUUCAAAGCAGGAAAAUCUUAAAUCGCAUAAAAUACUGAGAAACGACUGUGUGGACACAACAGUGUUCCCUCUCCAGGCAACCGUGUUUUUCUCCAACAACAGAGCCGUGUUUAAUGGACCCCUGUUUGCCAGAGAAAGUCUGGAGCCGCUUUUUUUGAAUCUGGACCGCGCGGCGAGAUGGAGGGCCUCCAUCAAUUUAUCAUGCUAUCAAGGGGCACUCGGCAGAAGCAAUCAGGGCGGCUUGUGUGCACGCCGGCGUAGAUGGUAUCAUUUUCCAUCGCUGGGUGCGUGGCUUUGUCCACGGCUUUUCUUCUAUUUGAUCUUAGCACGCAGUCCUGUGACUGUGUGCAAUGAUCGUUGCAUUAACUAUCUCUGCAACAUCAGCGGAACGAACUAAAGCUAUACCAACAUACACAGAUUGCAUACAUCUAUGUUGUCAUGUCUUCUGUUCCCUGGCGUGCCGAGCAACAAAUAACCACAAGCUCUCACGGCAACCGCGCGGUUUCCCAAUGGAGGAGCAGAACAUGAGAAGGGGUGGAGUUCAAGGUCUGCAACAGAGUAGAAUAGAAGUAAGGAGUCAGGACAAUGGAGACCUAAAGAAGGGUUCAAGCCUUUCAUUAGGGGAGAGCUCAUUGUAUGUAAAGACAAGAACAUGGGAAGGUAGCUGAAACUCGAAUCAAGCAUUCAGAUCUGUGGUUUCUGAUGCAGGCCAGCCCGACCUGAUCUCUAAACUUUCCCUGUGUCUCAAUAGCGUGUACACGUGUCCUGCAUCUUCUGAGCGCUCCACGUGGUUGACACCUUCACAUCUCUGAACAUGUAGACGCCGAUGAAUUUUUUUCGCCUGUGGUUUACCACCGUAACAUGUAAAAGAAGAGUUCUGAGAAUAGCUGUUGGUGUUUCAAGCUGAGGAAAUCUCAAGAUGGUUCUCAAAAGCAUGCUUCAGAAAUAAAAACAAGCCUUCAAGGAGUUUACGUAAGGAAGAUAAUGAGUAGAGCGCGGAGGAUUUAUGCACAGACGCAGCUCUGAGAAAGUAGUCUUUUGGUGCGGAGUUCCCUGAAUGGUGAUCCAAAUGCAGACUAUGUGCUUUAAUGACGUCUUUAAUAGUAGACGACUGUAAGAACAUGUCUGCCCCAGAUGUGUGCUAAAUAAAUCCUUCUUGAUGUGCGUUUAAUCACCUCUUUGUGGCCUUGUCUUUUGAUCUCUGUGGUAAAGUUAAGAAAUACGAGUAGAGGAGGGGGUGAUGGAGUGGGAGCCAUGUAGCUCUGUAAAUCAGAGCGCAGCAUGAAAGGGAAUAUAUGCAAAAUAGAGCGAUAAAAAAACAUGAAUAAUUUGGAAUAACUUAAGUUGACAGGAAUGGUCCGAGGGUGAAGGUAUUACAGUAAUUGCCUCUCAGGCGCCACCCUUGGAGAUACCCCAACCCCCCCAUCGGGGCAGACUUAGAUUGGGGGGCGGUGGAGGGGGGUUGGUGUCUGCCAGUCAAGCGGGUUACGGCUCCUGAGGCUGUGUGAUGCCCUUCUUUACGCUGCUCUUUGUUUCCACCCCUCUCACCACCUCUCUCAAAGCCACAGCAAAACAACGACAACAACCACAAACAAAGCACCUUAAGGUUGAAAGUCGAACUAACCAGAAAGAGGAACAGAGAACAAGACGAGAGACUUUGAGGAGUCAGAGUGAAACGGAGCAACAAAAAAAAACCUCUUUUUUUUGUUCCUGACUGAGCUGUGUGGACAGAUUGGACCCCUCUAAAGAGGGUGCACCCAAACUGUCAAAGUGUUUGACGAGCGAAGGGGUAAUCUCUAAUUAUACGAUGAAGCCCCUCGUAUAUGGGACACCCACUCCACUAAUAUCUCGCAGCUUAUAGACAAAGAGAUGGAAAGGUUAAAAGCAUCAAUCAAAUCUCAAAACAGAGAAAAGAGGAAACGGCAGUCUGUGCCACUACCAGAAAAGGGAACUUGCUGCCCCUUAUCUAAUGCCAUGGUGCAUAUAUCAUGACAGUGGAGUUUAUUUGAACAGAUACUUCUUUCUUUUUCUCUACAAAAAAGGAUGUAAUUUGUGCUUGUAUGUGACACGUAUCAGUAAGGAAAAAACAUUUCUUUGCCAGUUCUUGUUGCUCCCUCGCUGAGUUCCUCUCUACGGUACAAACUGUGAGAUACUGCAGACCUCCAUCUCAUAUCUGCUCUUGCAUGAAGACCACGCAAGUUACAGCGUGACACUCCGCCAGGCUUUCUCCUUAUUUUUCUUAUUUGCUUGCUCUUUUCCCUAUAAAAACUUCUUUUUAUUCCCCUUGUAAAUUUAUGAGCAGCUUUUGUUUCAAAACAACUCAUACUGCAUAGAUGUCUGCAUCCGUGUCGCUCUCAAAAUCAUCAGCCCACGCAUUUGUCCCCAGAGUACGAGGCCUGCACACGGUAUGCGGUUUGAACGCCAGAACGUGUCAGACUUUCUGUCUGUUAAGAAUUUUAACCUCAGUUUUAGCUGAAACUACAGUUAACAUCCGAGAAAAGAUAAGGAUAAACAGCACGCUGAGGAUUUCACAAUCUUCUCACAGUAGCGCUUAGAGUUGAAGUCUUUAGUAAAAGAUAAACUUCAACAGUCUCUGCAGUUAAAGCAUGCCUUUGUUGGUUAACAAACAGCUUACUCUAAAAGGAAGUUGUGGUUGCUGAUGCUUUUUUUUGCUCAGUUUAACCUCAAACGCUUGUAUGUCUCUGAAUGUUUCCCUCAAGCUGUAAGUCUUCAUCAUCGCUGUUUUGGGUCCUGGUUUUUAUCAGCGAGCUUGUUGGCAGCACAGCAGGAACAGAGAUAACAGCGGCAGCUUAAGAUAAGCCAAGGUAGUCAUGACUUUAGAAGUCGUCUGUUUUGACCUUACAGAGGAGAUGCCUCUGAACAAGAGUAGCUGUGGGUUUUUAUUUAGUCUGUGCAACGAACAAGGUCACUCCAAAGCCCAGGAUGUAGCAGAGUUAUGUCAUUGCACCAUCAUGAAUCAUCCCUGGUACAUUGAUACUGGAAACAUUGACUUCAGACAAUCGAUAACGCUGCUGUGCUGAUUUGAAAAGAUUUCAGGAACAGAGCCUAAGGGUUCAGUGAUGGAUAGAGCAACAGGGUGAUGUGCGGCCACCUGCCAGGACACAAUGACCAUCACUGCGCUUUAUGUGAUUGCACAGUAUGACUGCAUGGAGCUACUCCAACACAAAAAAAGGUCUGAUUUUACUGAGAAGUGAGUAAGAGACUAACACAGUGAAUCACUGAGCAGUCAGAGAAGAGAAAGAAGAACUUCCACCCUUUUUACACACGCACAAACCUGAGAAUUUCCUAAUUGUUUCAUGGCGGGUUACUCCAAAAUUUCCAGACUUUUUCAUGCCAGACCCCUGAGAAAUCUUCCUUUAGAAGUUAGGGGGUAGCUACAGAAAGUAAAAGUUCCUUCAGCACGUUUUGUUUCUUCAUUUCCUUUUAAUUGACGCUUCUGUGUUAGCCGCAGUGAUUUCUUGUUACACUAAGACUUAACUGAUUUCUACCUCGUUUGACAUGUCGACACUUGACUGUGGAUUUGUUCUUUCUAAACUGCAUUGUGUUUACUGCCCUUCUUCUGGGGUUGACACUCACACCUUUUAAGGUUUUGUGCCUGAAUUCUUUUAAAACUCACCUUGUUUCUGUCUUUUUCCUUUCUUUGUUUUUGUCUCCACAGGACUUGAUUUUGGCCGUUUAGCUCACAGUCAGUGCCUCGUCAUUCAACUGUUGGUCAUUGUGGUUGCAGCACUAACAGACUUCCUCCAUUUGUAGUCCACUCAGAAAAUGUGUGGCUUGAUUUUAUGUAGUUACUACUAAAGCUCUCUGAUAUAAGACUUUUAGGUUUUAGAGUGAUGUAAAAGUUUGCUGCAGGGAAACUGAACUACAAAGACUCUAUUAUAGAUGUAUUAUAUGAUGGAUAUCCUUUUAGUUCGGAGGCAGAAAACCCCAGUUUCACAAAGGAAGUCAUUAAAUCACCUUGAAAUGGAAAAUAUACAUAAUGAAUUUUUUCAAACCCUCACCAAAGACGAGCUUUUUUCAAACUCUCGGGCUGCUAAGACUUGGCCACAUGUGUUGCUAUUGCUGUGACUUGCAUGCAACAGCAAUUGUGAAGAGCAGAUGGCGAAGGAUGUGUUACAGGAUGUUUCAGACCGCACAAUGAUCAACGGCUAAACCUGCGCGGUGGUUCUCUGAGGUUAACAAAUACGAAGCACGUUUCAUUCCAAAGUCUUUUGUAAACUGUCCGAGUACACCAUCAGUCGUUGCACUUUUUCCAGCUAAAAUGUUUGCAGGAGACUGGAGCGUUAAAUUUAUAUGUGCCUGCAAACACUGACACAUCCCGCAUCACGGGUUAGGAGGUCUGCUUUUAUUCUAAGUGCUUUACCCCCUUGAGAGAAAGUGGAUCCAGGUCGAAAAAGAGUGUCACAGGUGGCAGGUGGUGUCAUGGGGGGCGUUGCCUUGGUUUUUUGGUGAGCAGACGCUCUGCUAAUUGGGGCUUAUCAGGUGUUUCAGGGAAAAGCACCUAAGGCUUUUGUGCAGCUGUCAGUCCCUUGAUGGACAGGAGAGAUCUGUCUAUUCUUCAGACAAAAACAAAAUCCAGUUUAUUAGCAGAAUCAUCAUUUCGAUAUGGGUCUUUACAUGCUGCUAUUUGGAGCUGAGGUUGCAUGGCUGAUGAUUUUCAUGGUUUCAUCUGUAUGUGUGGGCAAAGCUGUGAAAAUCACUCGCAUGUGCAAAAUAUAUCCCACAAGCACUGUGGCGUCAUCUGUCAAAGGUGUGAAAAGUGUGCAGUUUUUUGUGCUUGGGGAUUUUUCUAAAAGGGUUUUCUGUCUCAGGUAUCUGUCUCUCACUUUGCUGCCUUUGUCUGUUUGGAGCUCAUUUUAACCCUCCCAUCAACAGCUGUUUCUUUCACCACCUUUACAAACGAAAUCCAGACAGGAUAUUUUGUUAUUUGUGUUUCUGUCACCUCCCUGCGUUAAAGGACAUUACAAAACUUCCACCAUCUCUGUCCUUUUAGACAAAUUUAACAAUGAAACAGAAUGUAAUAAAUGUAAUAAAUGCACCCCUGACAUCAGCGCAAUUCAAUCUGAAACAGUAUGUGGCAUCAACCUGCUUGAAUGUGCUGCAAUAAAAGUAAGCUUAGUCUAACACUGACAGAUCUUUAACCCCAGUUUCAAAAAGGUUUUUAGACCGUAUAUUUAAUUAAAGUAGAUUAAAGACUAGAUAUCAAACGCUGAAACUGAAAAUUUUAUGCUUAUUUUGAAAAUCUUGUCGUAUCUUUAGUUUCCUGAUGCUCCAAAUGAGACACUAAGACUCCUCUACCUCAGAGCCACACUGUCGAGUAUGUGCAGAGAUCAGUACGGCGUGAUAACAAGCCAGGUGGUUCCUCUCCAUCUUCAACAGGCUCUGGCUCGGAGAAGUUGCUAAUGCUUCAUUAUUAUGUCGGGUUUCCUCUUUGGUACAGUCUUAGUCUGUAUUUUCUAAAGCAGCGACUAACGGGGUUCAUGAACAGUGACUCUGCAUUGACUUCCACUACAGAGUCAUGUCUGUUUUAGAUGCAGUACUGCCUUAGGGCCAUCCAGAUUUGAUUCUGUACUUUAUUGCUUCUGAUUAUCUAAAUUUUGUUUAAGUGUCGAUCUGUUUGUUCACGCAGUCCCUCACAAGAGUGGUGAACCUGUUCCUGUCUUUAAUCCUGAGAUGCUCAGUUCCUCUGCUCUGUUCUGUCAUGUUACUUACCUGCUGCAAAUCAACCGCGUUUGUUUGGAGAUGUUUCUCAGGGUUGUUUUUAAGAAUCACACACAAGAAUUACUGCAAUUCGAACUAGAAAUUAGCAUAAACUUUUCAGAAGACAAUCUUUUUUUUUCAGUUUUAUGUUUUGAUGAAAUAGAGGGGUUUGAAUGAUUUGAAAACAUUGGAAAACACAUACAUUAAUCGAUAGUGUGUAUACCUGAAUAUACCCAAAUGAAUAUAUAGGAUAUACAAGGUCUCCGCAGCUUCAUAAAAUGUAUAAUUACUCUCUUUAAAGUCAGAAAUAUUUAUCCACCAAAGACAUUCUUGGUCGACUCAAACCCUGAAAUUUUCAACCAAAAUUCAACUAAGCGCGGCUUGGCGGGGUGAAAAUAAACUUAUAUCAGCACAAGAAGGUAAUUAAACACAAAAAGCUGAAAUAUAAAUAGUCGGCAAACCUCUGGACGUUAAUUAAUGUGGACGCUCUUCAAUUUUCCUGUCUCUAGCUGGUCUUCAGUGGGUUAGGCGAAUUCAAAAUGGUGAAAACAGGUGGGGUGUUCUGAGACCUGUGAAAGGGGGUGCUCUGAAAACACCCGCAUUAGCACUUGGUAUGUUCCUCAUGAUGAAAUUAACCAUAGACUGUAAAGUGACACAGAAAAAAAUCGAAUCAGAACUUUGUAGAUUUCGCAUGUAUCGACCAACAAGUCGACUAGGACUUUACAGCCCUAUUAUCCAUUUAUAGGGUGUUAAGUUUAAGACCAUGACUCUGCUACUGAUAUCAAAUAAUGUUGCAUUAGUACCCUGUUGACAAACUGAAGUAGAUAUUUUAGGUCUGAGCUGCUGCUGCUAUCCAAUUGUGUGAGUGAGGAAAGGAGUCAUUCAGGACAUGGCGUGACAUUUUUCACAAUGUGUUUUGUCUGUUGUGGAAGUGUGACAGGGAUGUCUGGGUCGAACGCAGGGCACAACUUUGACAAAGUGUGACAUGGGAGGGGUUACAAAGCAGGAAAUCUCCUGUUGUCCAAUCGCCAUAGAAACCUCUGAAUGGCACAUGGCAGGUGGAGGUGUAGGGCAGGGCUGCGGUGAGACGGCGCUGUAGGCGAACCAGCCCGUCAAGUUUCCCUACGCGAAGAGAAUCCCUUGAUGACAGACGCCAAGGUCUGCAGGUGACGGGAGGACCUUGAGUGUACACAAACACAUGAGAGUCCUGAAAAAACCAGGCAGAGCUCAGAGAGAGAGAGAGAGAGAGAGAGAGAGAGAGAGAGAGAGAGAAAUAAGAUGAAACAAAGUCAAACUGGGGCAUCCUUUGAAGAGGACUGCAGGAUGUGGAGAUAAAAAGCUUCUUUACUGGCUGACUUUUCCAAUAUUAAAGUCAUUAUAGGAUGCAAUAAUAUAACAUAAUGUAAUAACCGGGUGCAGCUGGUGCAUGUGCUCAGCUUCAAUCCUCCUAUUUGUGUCCAUUAAUGGAGCUAAAACAGAUUAGCGGGGUCGGGGCCGAGCGGGCCUGUGGCAGAGGUUUCUGAUAAGCGAGGGCUUAACUGUAAAUACAUUUCUGCUAUGAUACAGAUGGAAGUGUGCUGUCCAAUAAUUAAGGCUGAAGGGCAAUGCUCUCCUCACUGAAGGAGACUAUUGUUCUUUGUUCCUGCUUGAGGAAACAGUGCGCUAGUUAUUGCUGGCAACCAAUAAGAGCUGUGUGUCGAAGUUGUCUGUCUGCUACAUUACUCUAUGACUGUCACAAUUAACUGUGUGUGUGAGAAGAUAGAUAUCAGAGCACGUGCAGAGUGAAGUUCACAACACAUUGAUGCAUUUGUGCGCGCGGACGUCACGGCAGAGUCUCAGAUUCCUGCCUUUGUGUCCAGAUGCCGUUCCACAUGCAUGCUCUCUGUCUGCCUUUGUCUCCAUCCCUCUCCAUCCUUCAGUCUCCCGGGUUUUUGAGUCAAAGCCCAGCAGAAUGGUGAAGCGCUUCAGCCCCAGUUUCCACUGAAGGUUUCACAGCUGCCGUGAAGACAAGCAGUUAAAGCAUCAGUGUUCAGUUACCUCUGGAGCUGGUCUGCAGAGGGAUCCUGUUACUUCUGACAGGUUUAAGACACCGGGGCUGCCUCUAAUUAGAUUUCCAGAGCCUCAAACUUUCCUUUGUUUUUCGGCUUCUUAGCUGCAGCCCAUUUAUUUGGUUUCAGUUUGUAUAUAGGGUUUUUUAAUGAAAAGGCUCCUCGGUGUAAUUUGGAGCCACAUUAGUGGUUCGAAAUGUUUUCGUUUUAAUUGUUUUCUUUCUGUUAUGUCAUUAUAAAAUUUUACAACUUAUUAUUCCAAAGGUUUCCCGCAAUGGUUUCGCAUUAAGCCAGUAUAUGUAUUCUGUCAUUGGAUACGUCAGAUACCACAACAUAUGGCCCAGAGCAUCUUAAUGCCAUUAUAUGUAUGGGAAUAAUUCCAACCAGGCCCCACAGUCAUGACUUUUUGCUUUUGAUGCACUGCAGAGAAGUCUUGUAUAACCUUUUCUCAUUCAGUUCAGGAAGCUCUGGUGUUUUUACAUCUAUAUCUGUUUAAUUUGCCGUCUGUCAGCUGGUCAGAGGGGGCAGGGUCAGGAAGAAGAAGUCUGACUGAUCCACAAGCUAUGCAGAAGUUUCAAGAGGUAGCUCAGUGGAGUGGAAUGGUUCGCUCCCCACAACAAUGCUAUGUGUUGACAACAGAGUGCUCGGACAGGGUUAGAGGAAUGUCCCCUUCAGUCUGCGAGCGCGCGCAGUUCACGGUGUAAGCAGAGCACGCUGCCUCACAGAGAGUUUAUUCUUCUACCUGAAGAUGAUCCCUGCCCGUGCAGAUUCACAACAUUUUUUCAUCAAAAUGUAAAAUUCCCCUGUUGGCCAACAUGCUACUUUCCGUUCUGAUCAUACCAGGCUGAGAAAUCUGCGUGGGUGUUCACUGUGUGUCAGUAAUCAUCAGUGUUAUACUUUAUAGAAGUGUGUAUUUAUUUUUCAUGUCAGUUUGUGUAAAUAUUGCUGCACUUUUUGGGGUUUUUGAAGGAUGGAAACUAAAAUGAAGUCAAGAAAGAUUCAAGAAUCAGGAUCAGAUUUUAAAAAACCAAUGUUUGCUCGGUCAUGGCUGAUUUAAAAAGUGAACCAUGUCAGUAAUCGAGGUUUUCUCUUCCUUUCUGUGUGUCUGCAGGUGACCCACAUAGAGCUUUGCAGACGUGACUGUGGGACUGGGCGGCCUCCCCUUCAAGCCUGGGCCCUCUUCCUGUCCUUUCCUCAAAGGCAAUGAUUAUCAGCGUAGACACUCUGCACAUCUCCUCUGUGUGAAUGAAUCUUUGCCGUAAAUCCGCCGUGCUCUGUCACCCUGUCACCAUGAAGAGCAGGUAUUCCCAGUACUACAACCCCAAUCUCAUCCAGGACUACUAUGCCUAUGCAAAGAAUAUGACCCCACAGGAGCUGGUCAGACAUUAUGAGAACAAAAAACAGCUCACAACCCUGAACAUUGUCAUAGUGGUCCUCUGCACCAUCAUCAUCCUGGAGAAUCUGCUGGUCCUGGUCGCCGUCUGCCGCAAUAAGAAGUUCCACUCCGCCAUGUUUUUCUUCAUCGGCAACCUGGCGUUCUCUGACCUGCUGGCAGGCUCGGCCUACAUAGCCAACAUUUUUUUGUCAGGAUCGAAGACCUUCAAGCUGGUGCCUGUGCAGUGGUUUAUUCGGGAGGGCACAGCGUUCAUCGCUCUGGCAGCUUCGGUCUUCAGCUUGCUGGCAAUAGCAAUAGAGCGCUACUUAGCUAUCACCAAAGUCAAGGUGUACGGCUCGACCAAAACAUGCCGCAUGUUUAUUCUAAUAGGAACAUGUUGGGUGACCUCGAUCCUUCUUGGGGGACUUCCUAUCAUUGGCUGGAACUGCAUCAAUGAUCGCCCUGAAUGCUCAGCUGUUUUGCCGCUCUACUCAAAGAAAUACAUUCUCUUUGUUGUGAGUAUUUUCAGCCUCAUACUACUUUCUAUUGUCAUCCUCUAUGUGAGGAUCUACUUGAUUGUACGCUCCAGUCAUCAGGAGGCAACCAACUCGCCGGCCUACGCCCUGUUAAAAACUGUCACCAUAGUGCUGGGUGUCUUCAUCAUGUGCUGGCUGCCUGCUUUUACCAUCCUCCUCCUGGAUUCAUCCUGCAGCAUACAGUUCUGCCCAAUUCUUUCUAAUGCACACAUAUUUUUUGGCUUUGCCACUCUAAACUCAGCGCUUAACCCAGUCAUAUACACCCUGCGCAGCAAGGACAUGAGAAAAGAGUUCCUGCGAGUGCUGUGCUGCUGGGGGGUGCUGCAAAGCGGGCGACCCGCUGACCGGUGUCUGGUCCCUCUCAAGAGCUCCAGCUCUCUGGAACACUGCACCAACAAACAUGAACACCAGACCACACCGAUCAUGCAAGACUGCACAACCUGUGUGUGAUAUGGUUCAAAGACAUCAGUGUGUGUGAAUGUGUGUGAGUGCGAGUGCGUGUUCAUGAGAUCAAGAAGAGAGGCGAUGAUGAGACUAAGAGAUGUGAAAAAAAGAUGCAAGCACACGCUGGACUGAGCUGCCUCUAAUGGCUGUAACACAGCUUUUCUUUGGAGAUGCAUUCUCCAAUACAGACAUUUCUUAUUGCAAUCAAAAUUGUGUGAAUUCUCAAUCAAGCCUUCAAUCAAUUCACCCAUGUACUGGGUGUAAAAACCAAUCUUUCAAGUGGAAAAACAAUCCACAGGUGAGAACUUUUAGAAAUGUGAAAGUAGCUUUUUCAUGGGUACGCUCAUCAACUUAUUGGGAGCUGAAAACCAUUUCCAUAUACAUUCCUCUGGUCUUUCUUCCUUUUCAUGUAAAACUGUUUAAAAGGCCAAAAAAAAAAUGGAAACAUAAAAAGCAUAUUAUCAAAGUUAUGGUGAGUUGUUUUGGGCCUUUCAAGAACUGCAUCAAUGCAAAGCUCACAAAGUUGCACUUUGUAGAUUACUUGAGAGAUUGUUGUCGUUUGUAAGGUUUAACCACAUUACUCUCCUCUACUGAUACAUAUGUAUACAUUAGGCCUGCAUCAGUAUCACUCAUUCUACACAGAGCUGGAGGCAGUGAUCAACUUUACUCAGCACUGCGCUCCAGAUAAGCCAAAUUACUAAGAGUACUCCCUUAACCAGGGCUAUAUAUUCCCUGUAUAACCUUGCUUAAACUAUUUGAUUAAUUUUGAAAAAUACAUAAUCUGCAUACAUGUAAUGCAUGAAUUCUAACUUAUUUGUAAGCGCUGAUGUGUAUAAUAUAUUCCACCUCCAGCUUUCAUCACUAACACCCCUCGUCUCAUGUAUUUUCACAAUCUGUCCCUCCUGCUUUUACUGUUGUCUUUUGUAUCUUAAUAGUUUCCGUGGAGGAAGGCCUAAUCAGAAAGCACAUUUCCUGAAGUGAGUUGGCACUGAUGAAUCCUACUCAAUGACAGCUGUCUCGCAGCUUUGACAAAUGGGGCGAAUGUCCCCCGACAGUGUUGUAGCAACAUAGCAGCGAUGUGCUGUCUCUGUGUGCGCCUUCCUCUUUGGGAAUAAGGCUGAAUGUAUGUAUGAAGUGUUUGGGGCAAGUGCUCCAUUGUUGACAGUAUUAUUGGUCAUAAUUUUUGAAUUACCAAGUCACUGAUGAGCAGAGUUGAACAGGUCAGGACAUUUUCACUGUGAAGUCUUAUAUAGCAACAUGAACAACAACUAUUUGUGAACAUCCUGGUUUAAUUUGUUGGCCAUAAUGCCUUGUGCAGCUAAAGAUGUAAACACGUCUCAUCUUUCCAAAGACCCCCCCGCCUUCCUUAUGAAAAAAAGGGAGAAGAUCCGGUUUCUGUCCUCUUGGGAGGUUAGCUCCAUCCUCAUUCUCUGACAUCCUCAAACAUGCAACUUCCUUGAACCAUGGGAAGUCCUGUUUUUCGCUGUCCGGUUCCUGCUGUUCAGGAUCGGACUAACCUUCAUCCUGUAGACAAACAUUUAAAAACCCUCCUUCAGUGUUUUUAUAUUGACUUUUUAAUUAAGAUGGCCAAGUAGAAAUGGUGAAAAGCACUUUGGCAGCUUCAGUGAUGUUCAUUCUCCCCCAUUUUGUUUUGUUUUUCUGACAGAGAGAUGUUUUAAUUUGUGUACCUAUCACUUCAUUGUGUUGCCUGACUCUGUGAUGUUUUUAUAAUAAAUACAUGAAAUUACUAUGUAUGUUUGUAAAGUAUGUAUGUAUGUAAUUUUGUACAGUAUGUAUGAUUUGUGUGAAAUGUUUCGUGUGCAAUAGCCUUGUGUGUCCUGUAGCACGCUGCCUGUGUUAAAUCGGUACAAUCUGAAACACUAAUGUAGGUACAUAGACUUUUUGUUAAUUGCAUUCCCUUUUUAUAAAAUAAAUGAAAUACCAAAAGAAUCCA